AUGAGUGGUGAAAUAGUCAACGGAGACCUUGAUGCCGAUGGCAGGGUGAUCCUCUACAUUAUCAAAGCUGAUGCCACAUCGUACAUCAACUACAUCAAACCUAUUAUUCUCGCCGAAGAGCUCAAAACUCCAUAUGUCCUUUCAAUCAUCGAUACCAAGGACGAAUGGUUCUACAAGAUCCACCCAGAGCGAUACGUCCCAUCUCUUAAGGACCGCGAUCCAGAAACUGGACAAGAUGUCAUUGUUUUUGAAGGCACUGCCUGUCUCCAGUAUCUCGCGGACCGAUCGGAUAAUAAUGGAGAGUGGGCAGGAAGAACAGCGGCCGAGAAGGGAGCUGUGCUUUCAUGGACGGCCUAUCAGACCGCAGGAUUGGGGGUACCCGAGCAGACAGGAGCCAGUCCAGCUUCCAAGGACAAUCGAGAAAAUACGACUAAGCAAUGGGAUAUCCUCAACAAACGCCUGACAGAACCAGGGCAGAAAUACAUUGCUUUAAAGGACCGUCCCACGUUGGCAGACUUGUCUUAUCUUCCCUUUGCCAUGCCUUGGAUGUUCAAUCUGUUUGGUGUAGACAUAAAGGAUUGGCCAGCUGUUGACGAGUGGGCUCAAAGAAUGUUGGACCGGCCAGCUGUGAAGGACGUUUUGGAGAGAGCGCCUCGAUUCGGCCAUGACUAA